GGAAAAAUAUUUAUAAAUGACCAUUCAGUGUAUAUGGACAUACACAUUUAGUUUUGGACAAUACAAACAAUCGAGCUACGAUUUAAAUCCACUUGUGACCUGCGUGUGACCCCAGACUGUACAUGUAUGUUCAAUAUUGGAGCGCAUACCUGUAUAAGCUGUACUAUUUUCUGUAGAUGGAAGACUUAAGUGUAAGUGCUAAAAUGGCAGCAUUAACCAACGAGGAAAUCGCGUAUACGCCUGUAAUAAACAGAGAUAGUGUAACGGACACGAAACGUGGAACUGUGAAUCGCCUUCAACUAGCUUUGUGUAUUGUGUUGGUUAUAAAUGUUAUCAUACAAUUCAUUGCAAUUUUUACACCCGGAUGGAUUAUUUUAACGACAAGUAUUGUAUCUUCAUACGAAUCAGUGUACUACUCGACAGGGUGUGUUAAUAUUAACGAAUCUGCUUGGGAAUGUAGAACAAUCUCAUUUCAUGAUUCGUUUAGGCAGGACUACAGUGAUGCUAAAGAUGAACGGAGACCAGCUCUAGUGCGAGCUUACAACUACGUUGUCAGAUACCAGAUGAAUAUACAGAUUGCAUGGCUUUUGACAGUGGGAACAAUGAUUUUUCAAAUCUUCAAACUUACCCGACGCAAGGAAAGCUUUCCAAGAGUAACAAUUAUCAACGUUGUUGCGCUAGCAUGUGUUUGUCCUCUGAUGUACCAGGUUUUAUUUAAAAACUUUGUGGAAAUAGAUUUCAACAGGAGAGUUACAGAAUUCGUCACUGGAGACGUUGGUUUUCCAUACUCAUUUUUCUUCUACAUUUUUACUUUCGUUAUGACUAUUGCCAGCUUAAUUCUUAUCGUAAAGCAAGUUUAUGAUCACAUACGUGAGAAAGAUAGAAUCUACGCUCAGAUGAAAGUAAAAUAUGAUAGACUUCAGUUGGAAUAUGAAGCGGAAGUAGAGGCAUUCAAACGCUUCAGGCGGAAUUCGCAUCUAAGACCACACAGCGGAGAUAGAAGAUCCAGGGAGGAUGACAGGGGUUCUCAUUCUCCGCGGCAUUCUCGUGAAAUCAAGGAUAACGGUAAAACCACUCUUAAUGCAGGACCACACGAUAAUCGAAGAGACCCUUCUCCAAGACGUCCAGAUCAUUACCCGAGAUCACGUGAUCAUUCACCAAGGCCACGGGACCGUUCGCCGCCGCGGAACAAUUAUCGCGGAAAUCACUCAUCACGGAAUCGAUCACCACCACGGGAUAACCGCGGAAACCGUCUACGUGAUCAUUCACCAAGGACACGGGACCGUUCGCCUCCCCGAGAACACAGUACCCAUUCAACUAGACAUUCGCCAAGGCCACGGAAUCGCUCACCACCUCGGGAGAACCACGGAAACCGUCCAUCGCGGAAUCGUUCUCCGCCAAAACAGGAUCGCGGAAAUCACUCACCACGGAAUCGUUCUCCGCCACGGGAGGACCGUGAAAGACACUCAUCACGUAAUCGCUCACCUCCGCGGGAAGACCGCGGACAUCACUCCCUGCAAAAUUCGGGGGAACAUGAUAAUCCGGCUCUUGUCGUAACACCUCCAUUAGAAGAGCAUUCUGAAAUAGGGAGUAAGUUUGGUGACACGUCAUGUCUUACACCUCUGGUUGAUACGAACAAAGUUGUUGGAGUAGAGGAGAAUGGUACAAACUCUGAAGAUAUUGAACUCAGUAUUUCAUAAAAAUAGAGUUCAUUGUCCGCCCAUGUAUUCAAAUUUGGUCUUAUAGCAUUUCCAAGUGUCCAGCUAUUUAAGCAAGCAAUAGGUGGGGCAAUAUAUGUCAAUGUGAAAUUACAUAUUUGUGCAUUAUGGCAUACAUAUAUCUUGCUUAUGUAUUAACUUAUAUAUCAUCUAAAUAGUGUGUUGGAGUAAAGGAAGUCAUAUUUGACCCCCGGCUUACCAACCGGACUAGUGCACGGACUAGUCACACAGAAAAAAGAGGAGACAGUCAGGUAUUUGGGAGAUUUUUCGAGAACCUUUGUACAAUCAAGGUUAAAAUCACCAGAACCUGAUGAGAGACGCAGUGUUUGGAUCGUGAUAUCCAGAAAUAACAACUUAGCCGGAAUGGCGAUUUCAAAUAGUGCUUAGUUUUAAUGCUUAUCUGAUUUUAAAUGAAUUUAAUGUAAGUAGUAUCAUACUAGUAUUACUUUCUCUCGCUGGUGUAUGGAAAACAUGAAAAACUGUUCAUCCAUUUGUCAAAUCCAUUUGAAAUUAUGCCUUUUGCUGUCAAACUCAAAAACCACAUUUGAAACGUGUUACCGUCAUCAGUAAACUCGUUAUAGAUAAGAGCACUGGCACCAGACCAGAAAGAAAAUGCCUCUGUACAUGUUAUACCCUACCCCUAGGUAUAAUAUAAGAACCAUGGUCAUGAACGUGAAAACACACUAACCCUAUUCAAGCAUACAUUUCUCACAUAAAACGCGCAGUUCGGUGAAUGGGUACCAAACAUAUUGAACAAGCGUUAAUUUAGCUUCCAUUGUGCACCAGGCACAUUGUCUCAGUAUUUCAUAUUGCAGAGAUACUCCACAUAUUUUAUACUUAUACAGAAACAACUUGCGUGAACUUCCCUAAUGAACAUCCGGUCUAGAGGUCACAGCAAUGUGCACAUGUUAUGCGGAAUAUAAACAAACAGAAACAGAAUGCAAAAUAUUCACAGUUGUAAAAUAAAACACAAAAUGAUGAAUGAAAUUCAUCUUAGAAAUGAUUUUGAAUCUGAAGUCAUACAAUGAUGUACAUCAGUUUUGUUUAUUUUAUUCUCAUUGCAUGUUUAUCCUGCAAAUACACAUUUUAGCGAACACGUGUAGUUAAACGACGACUGACCUACAUUUUCACAUCAACCAGUCAGAAUAGUUUGGUAAUCUAGACCGGAACUUCAACAGGGAAGCUCAUCAAAGUUUUCUUUGUAACGUUGAUGAAACUAUAAACUACGCAUUGUUUCUCUAAGAUAAGAAACACUGAAGAAAUGUGGCCGGUACAUAAUGGAAGAUAAAUUACCACUUGUUCAAUAUCCGUAGUAUACAUUUAACGAACUGCACGUUUUAGGUGAGAAAUGCGCGACUGAAAUGAGUUAGUAUAUUUUCCCGUUCAUGACCAUGGUUCUUAUAUUAUACCUAGGGGUAGGGUAUAACAUGUACAGAGGCAUUUUCUUUCUGGUCUGGUGCCAGUGGAUAAGAGGGGGAUCUAUGACAUAUUUUGGAAUGCGCCGAAUGGUCAUGGAAACAAACGGCAAGUCGUCAGUCAAAGUUAACCAUGCAAUCCAACAACGCCUGAAGUAAGUGCUGUUGUUGAGUUGUCAUUUAAAAAAACUGAUUUCAUAUUUUAUUACUUUUGAAAUAAUUUCAUUGUAACUCAAGUGUUUAUUAUGGGUGUUGUUAUUGAUACAAAAACGGUACCAAUAUGUUGAAUGAUAGUACUGACUUAUUUUCUCACGGCUACAUAUAAGUUUUAAUGAUGUAAUA